AUGCUAUUGUUAACAUCGUUAUCAGUUUGUCUUAUUAUAAUACAAAAUGCAUAUAUAUUUGCUUCAUAUUGUGGAGAAGAUGCAAUUCCAUUCAGUUUACAAGCACUGCAAAGUGGUCAACCGGUAUUGGGAUGUGCACGGCCGUCGUGUUUUGGUUGGGGUGUUAAAACUGAUAACGGUGCGCGAUUCUAUCGGAUUCACAGAAAGAAUGAUGGAUUUAUGCGUCGUACUGAUCUCAAGAAAUAUGACAAAGCAAAAAUUAUGGCACGAGAAUCACAGCUAGCUUUUUGUGAAAAAAACUAUGCUAGUUCAUCAUGCGAUGAGAAUAUGCAGUGGGUUGGUGGAUUGUCGCCAUCAUCAAAUAUCACUACACAACCGCUGUUAUUGAAAUGCUGCACAUUUGAUAAUUUAAAAAAUUCGUGGGACCGUGGAAUUGCAGACGUAAAUCCGGGACAAAUUGUUGUUGGUGGUGAGGUAAUGCAAGAUGAACGACAAUAUGCAUUUGAUUAUAUUGCUAACAUUAAAAAAUAUUCCAAAAAAAAUGGAAGUAUAGCAUAUAGUGUAACAAUUCGACGAUUUUGGUGUCUUCCAUAUCCGACAAAAUCUAAUCUUUAUGUAGAAGAAAAUACUCUUCCGUAUAUUAUGGAUAGAAUGACAAGAAAUUAUGAAACGAAUAGACAACCUGAAACAAAUUCUAAACAAUUUGCGUCACAGCAGUCUGAUGAUAAAAUCAUCACAUCAAUUGAUUCUACAAAACAAUUUACCAAAACAAAACUAUCCUCAGAAACUUUACAUCGUUCUGGUCUACCUAUUUCACCAAUUAAAGACUUCACAUCUACCGUAACACAAUUUACUUCAACAAAACAACAACAACAAUCAACGAUGCCACUUGAUAGCAAUCAAUAUUUGGAUGCUUCAGCUAUUCAAAACAUACGAUAUGUACCUCAACAAUCUUUCAUACAACAACAAGAAGCGCCAUUAUACCCAUCAUUAUAUGAAUCAUAUUCACAAAUGCAACCACAACAACAACAUCGUGCGCAAUCAUUGCUAUAUGAACAACAAAUGCCUUCAGCACAGCAAUUUGCGCUUCAACAAUCUGCACCUUCGCAUUCUUCACAAUUUCCAUUAUUUCCAUCAUUUGAUCAGCUUGUUUGA